AUGAAAAUUCUCUGUUUUAAAAUCCCUAUUUUUCUUCUUAUCUUCUUGUUAUAUCUCGAUGUAGUCCAUACGAGGCAUCAUAAAGGUAAGCAGAGUUGAAUGAGGUCUUUCUAAUUGAAUGAUUGCGGGUUUGUUUUAAACAAUUAAUCAAAUUAAGCGAAGCCGCAGGGGACACUAGAAUGCACAGCUUGCUCCAAACAUGACAAAAUAAUGAUAUACAAUAGACGUUUUUUGCAAAGCUCUUUUGAGGGAAAUAUUAAAUAGCACGGAGUUUGAAAAACAAGCAUACAAGCGAACAAAUAGAACAAAAGCAAGACACUUAAUUCACUCAAGUCUAUUUAGCGUGAAUGUUAAAUUUAUCAUCGGCAACUUUUCUCAUUUGAAAAAAAAUAUUAAAAUGAUCACGGAGUCAGCACGACCUUGAGAAGCCAAUAAAAAAUUCUUCAGAAAGUAGUUAGCCUGUACAAAGAUAAUCACAAGUUAUCCCACAGAAAGCCAACGCCAAGCAUUUUUCUUUUGCGGUUGUGGUUGUUAUAAGAACUCAGGGUUACCUAAUAUAUUUGUCAGUUUUUUUUAUUCUUAACGCCUACUGAAAAUGUCUAGUUAGUUGUUCGGUUUUGUAUACGUAAAAGUAUUCUAAUUAUUUUUGGAACUAAUUUGUAUGAAAAGUUUUGAAAAUAGUUUACGAUGGGAAAUUCAAAGUUUCCAUCGGACGAUAAAGUUCAUCAUACCUCCUCAUUUAUUACAUUUUACUUGAUAGUUCUUAAAACGUUUUUAAGUUUUCUAGUAUGUGUCUUUUCCUUUACUUUCCACAGCGAGCAAGAAGGCAAAUUAUCACAGACGACCUGGCAUUGAAAAGGCAUCUCGUGCAAACCUUCUCUGGGGUCUUAUUUUAGCCAGGAACACGGCGUAUAGAAAGAAUUUUCUAACUAAACAUUCACAUGAAACAAAGCAACAGCAUCAAAAUCAUUCCUACAAACGUCAGCAACGACUUCAUCUCAACAAUGCAAAUCAAGAUGUGUAUUCUGUUCCACUGAAUGUUGGUAUGAUAGCAAAAAAUAUACUAUGCGUACUUGGUAUCCUGGCCUUGAGUGAAAGCAAGGCCGUAGGUGACCUUGUUUUGACUGAAAACUCACUUCUUUUCAAGUGUAAAUCAUGCUGUUAUGCAUUAGAAUGGUACUCAGCCUCACUUCCACUAGAAGGCUGGUUUGCUAAACGUACGUCCAACUGUAAAUAGACCUUAUUCACCAUUCCGUCAUUUCAAGUGCAUGCGCUUUAGGGCAAACAACAAAAGAUAAAAUUUUUCAAUAUAAGUAAUUGCAGACAAGUUUGUUUAUACUCUGAAAUUGAGAUGACGAUUUUAAUUAUGCAAUAUGUACAGUUCAAGUUUUGACAGGUUUUCUUCUUGAGAGUCGUCUUUGUUUGCUACUGUGUCAAAAAAGUAACAAUCAUCACUCACUUCCAUAAUUUGCAAUUAUCGUCUGUAAUAUUAAAAGUUAUUCAUUUAGUUUUGCCUAGAAUUAACAACCUCCGGACCGCGAUUUCUUCUAUUUGCAGAUUUUAUCACGUUCCCCCUUGAAAAAACACGUGACAUCGCUUUUAUUCUAUCAGAGCCUAAGCGCAUACAAAGAUGGUGGGUAUCGUGAAUAAGGUCUUUUGACCUUUUAGCUACUGCGCGUUAACUAGUAUUACGGAGCCAUUGUUCCUUUAUAAACAAAAUCAGAGAUCUUCCACGAGAUCACCACCAAAUAUUAGAUGUACACAGCGGAGCGAUUUUUAUUGACAGAAAAUGUGCAUUUACUAUCAAAGGCGGGUUUAAGUAACUAAUGCACUGAAAGUAAUUGUAUUACAAAGUCCACUUUCCUUAAAUCUUCUUCAGGUUUAUAUCUUGGUGCAAUUAUACUUUUCUGCUUCGUAUUUGAUGAAUGUGCAACCCAGCCCAUUUCCAAAAAAAAAUAUUUGGUUUGGUUUAGGUCUUUGCAGUGAUGAGGACUCGAUGUGUGUUUCGUAUGCACUCAAUGGACUGUGCGACUGGCCGGGACUCUUGCAAAAUCUUGGCAACAUUCACGAGACUUGCAAGUUGUCAUGUGGAUUGUGCAAAGAGUAAGGAUUGAAAUAAAUUAUAAUAAUUAUAAUUAUUACUUUGUUUUAUUACUAUUAUUAUUAUUUUUAUUAUUAUUAUUUUUAUUAUUAUUAUUUUUAUUAUUAUUAUUAUUAACAAAACUCACUAUUCAAACUUAUUUAUUUACAAUUCAUUUCGAUUAAAAGUAGAUAUAUUUUCAAGCACGAGAACGAAGCACUUAUGCCUGUGCUACACCAGAUCAAAUUUCACACUUGUGUGUUGUGCUUAAACUCAUUGGGCCUGCUUUCUUCGAUUUAUAAUGAGAGCUCACCAGAAGUAAACAGGAUGAAACUCUUGUUCCAGUUUAAAUCACAGUUUACUUUGCGUGCGUUGUAAACUUCUUCAAUUCGCUUUGUUCAUUUUCUUCCUUAUUUUCCUCUUCUUCCCAUAGAAACAUUCCCGACGGAGAGGUGGAUUUGGUUGGAGCUGGCUGGAAUGAACCUUAAUUUAAACUCCGAGACGAAGUGUUAAGAAGUCUACGGCUUAGGAGUUCUUUUUAUCAUCUGCUUUAUGGAGG